GAUAGAAGAGACUCCGGCGUCCAGGACAAGAAAUGAUUCCAUAAAUUUCAUGAUUCUGAUUGAUUUUUGUAGGAUUUUAUGUAUCCUAAUGACCUCUGAUUAAUUCUGAUGACUAAAAGAUGACGGCAUAAUCAAACGAUAAACCGCAGUGACCAGCUGUGAUGGGUGGUGAGGAGAAGACAUUGAACGAGCAUGUUGCCCGAUAUGUGUUGUCUGGGACUUCAUGUGUCUGUGCAGCUAUAGUGACUAACCCCAUCGACGUAAUCAAGGUGCGGAUGCAGCUGGAUAAUGAGCUACGGGAAAGCGGGAAGGUUGUUUCUGUGCUGCGUGAGCGCUACUACCGGGGGUUUGUCCGGGGGAGUGUCACUAUUGCCAAGGAUGAGGGAAUCAGGGGACUGUACAAGGGCGUGUUUCCAUCCAUCCUACGUGAGGCAUCAUACAGCACCAUCAGACUGGGAUCAUACGAGCCCAUGAAGGAACUCCUGGGGGCCACCGACCCUGCACACACGCCGCUCUGGAAGAAAAUCAUUGCAGGAGCAACCUCAGGAGCCAUUGGUAGUUCUAUUGCCACACCAACAGACCUGGUCAAGGUCCGGCUCCAGGCUGAGAAAAGACUGCCCCCUGGUGUCCAGCCCCGGUACCGCAGCACCUUCCACGCCUUUAGUGAGAUCUGGCACACAGAGGGUCUGAGGGGACUGUAUAGGGGGAUCGGGCCGACUGUGAAGAGAGCAGCCAUUCUCACAGCUUCGCAGAUUCCGUCGUAUGACCACACCAAACACGCCAUCUUGAACGCGGGCCUGAUGGAGGAAGGUUUUCCGUUAUUCUGCGUGUCGGCCAUGGUCGCCGGCUUCAUCACGGCCUUCGUUACUUCACCUGUGGAUGUGAUCAAGACUAGGAUCAUGAACCAAGCUUCCAAACACCUACCUCGUGACCAGUGGCUGUACCGUAACUCGCUGGACUGUCUGCUGAAGACGAUGCGUAGUGAGGGACUGUUCGGGCUGUACAAGGGCUUCAUCCCCAACUGGAUGCGGAUCGGUCCUCACACGAUCGUGACAUUCCUGAUCUUUGAGGAAUUGCGAAGGCUAAUUGGAAUGAAGGCCUUGUGAUUGUUUUAAAACCCUUGUCCUGCGGAGCACAACAAUUGUUGUUCUGUACAUACGGUACCAUCUCUAUAACACCCUGUAUAGGUACGAUUUGGGGGUAUUUCUUGUGCAAUACAUCACACCGCAUUGAAACACAACGAAUGCGGAAGUAACUAUGCCACUGAAGGGCCAAAAAAAAUUGAUCUAUGAUAUAAUUAAGACAUGAAAUUAUUG